CGGCUCUGACUGGCACCAAGGAUAUGCACGAUGAUUGACGACUUUUAUGCUCCCGUGCAUCGUCAGGCCUGUGUGAGAGUCCGUGGCCAAGGGCCCCCAUCAGCAUGAAGCGGCAAAAUAUCCCGACCGGAUGGAGAACAGCCCAGAUGCUGACCGAUGCGAGGUCGUACUCGGCGCAGUGGCAACUUUUGAUGUGGGUUUUCAAUCGUUGUUUUUGCAGCCACUUACACACGGUGUUAUCAGCCAGGCCGAUGAUGGAUAACUCGGGGCGAUCGCGGGACCUCCAGUGAUGCACGAUGAUGUGUAUUAUUUCGUACAUCCCCAUAAGGCUAACCCCACACUUUUAUGAUCAAAUUGCUACCCUGUUUGAGUGGUCCAGUUAACGUCUUGUGAAGGCGCCCGGCUUUGAGGACUCCCAUCUCGUUCGAUCUAAACUUCUGAAGUCCUUACUCCUCUCAAGAUAUUUACCUCCCUAUCAAUACUUUUAAACCAAACCAUGGGCACCGAUCCCAUUGUGGACGACAGCAUAGCCUCUACUUUCGCCACAUGUCCGUUUCUCCGUGCUACAAGCAUGGGAAAGAGUUGUUUGCUACCAUUGCGCCCUGCAAAAUUCGUAUAAUGAUCAGUCGCUAAUACGGACGUUCGCUGCCCCGUUUUUCCCCUCGGUGGCCUCUCCGUCAACCGCAGCAGCGCUGUGCCCCAAGCGUCUUCAGGGCUCACCCCAAUCUCAAAUCUACAUAUCGCUUGGCUUUUGCUUGCAUUUUGGCCAGGGGAGGUUCACCGGUGUCACCGCUCCUGCUUCCCGGCAUUUACUCACACCCAUCCGCCGGCUUCUGCGGGCGGGUGUGCAAUGUUUAAGCCGCAGACAAUAGCACGUUUUUCAUGGCAUGCAGCGGCAUGGGUGGGUAUUCGCACGGUAGGUCCCGUAUAGCAGAUUCCCGGAGGCGGUGAAAGGUCCAGAGACUGAUAUUCGAGCACAAAUAUGGCCAGGCCGGCUGUCCCUCUUUUAUUUGGCGGUACAAUAGCGGCUCGGAUUGUAGCAAAUACUCUUUGGACGAAGGACAUCUUUCCAUUCUCUAGACAGGGAAGCCCCUGGUUUCUCGUGCAAUAGUGUUCGUUUAAUCAUAGAUAGUGUAAUGGCCGGGAAGAGAAGAGGAGCUCCGUACUCCGUACAUUAUUCCACCGCCAUCUGCAAAUAGCCUUGGUUUGCCCUCCAGAGAAAUCCGCAAAUUGGGCGGUGAUUCCGCACAUGGAAAGUAUUGCCGGGAAAUCGCCAAAUCACGUGAUCAACCGUUCUCGGGAAAAACUUCCGUCUUCGAAGCUCCGUGUAUCAGCAGCGACGGGGAAAAAAAAAAUAAUUCGGCGAACGAGCGAAAAAGAGUGCUACAGACAGCGCUGCUAUUCCCCGCGCAGUAAACGGAUACCGGUACCCAUGGCCCCCUAGGGCCUCAUCAGGAGGUAUGGCUACUCCCCCCAAAAGAAAUGAAAGUCAAAAAAAAUUCAAUAUGGUGUCUCCAUCGGUUAGUACUGACACCUCCCGUUUUCUCCCAGCUAAGCAUGGACAUCCACCGGUGUCGCUUCGUGCCAUACAACCCGCAGGCGAUCAACGCGCUCGCGUUCUCACACCCACCAUCAACGGAGCUGCAAGGUCGUGGAGUCCCGACGUUGCGACUGGCGAUUGGCCGUGCCAACGGUGACAUCGAGCUCUGGAAUCCAAGUAAAGGAACUUGGUUCCAAGAGACCAUUCUGCGCGGUGGGAAGGACCGGAGCAUCGAAGGUCUUGCGUGGACGGUUGACCCGAGCGAGAAGGAUUCCGAGGGCAAUGAUCUCCCCGGUAAACUACGGCUCUUUAGCAUCGGGUAUUCCAGCGUUGUGACGGAAUGGGACCUUGAGAAGGGUCGCCCGGCGAGACAUUCGAGCGGGAAUUAUGGCGAAAUUUGGUGUUUGGCAGCGCAGCUUAGAUGGGAGUCGAGAAACAAGAAAAAAGAUGGGAAACAGUUGCCUCCGGCGGAGGGAGAGUAUAUGGGACAGCAUCUUGCAGUGGGAUGUGCGGAUGGGGCAAUUGUAAUAUUGUCUACUGCUGAUGGGGACCUUAAAUAUCUCCGCACGAUGAGGCCUUCGACCAAAAAGUCGCGUGUUCUUAAUAUCACCUUUCAGAACCGGAAUACCAUCGUCGCCGCCUAUGCCGAUAGCUCCAUUCGGAUAUUCGAUAUCCGCAGCGGCAAACUCCUUCGCACCGUCACUCUCGGGAAGGGACCAAACAAGGCAGUGAAAGAGCUUCUAGUCUGGUCCGUGAAAUGCUUACCGGACGGAACAAUUGUAUCGGGCGAUUCUGCUGGUGAAGUGCGUUUUUGGGACUCUAAGAAUUAUUCUUUAAUUCAACGGAUACAGAGCCAUCAGGCAGACGUGCUUGACAUCGCUGUUAGUGCGGACGGGGAAUCGGUCGUCAGUGCUGGCGCAGAUCAACGAACGGCCGUUUACAGACGGAAGGCUCCCGAGAAAGGAGCGAAAACUAGGCGCUGGGUUGAAGUCAUGCACCGUCGAUACCAUACCCAUGACGUCAAAGCACUCGCGGUCUACGAAACGAAGGACAUCAGUGUUUUCGUCUCCGGAGGUCUGGACACCGUGCCGGUUGUGGUUCCGCUACGAAGUAUCGGAAAGGAGCUACAUAGAAAACUCCCGAGCCUUCCUCAAUCACCACCCCUAUCAUCAUCCCCAUCAUCGCGCCUGCUAAUGGGCUGGUGGGAUCGCGAAGUCAACAUAUGGCGUGUGUCCCAGCCGUCCAAAUCGCUCGAAUCCCAACAACACCGACUCGUUGCAAAAGUUCUCUUUCAGGGUGAAGAGAAUCUAACUUCUGCGGCCCUUUCAUCCGAUGGGAAACUUCUUGUGGCAGCCUCCGUCUCGCAAAUCAAAGCUUUCUGCUUAUCUCCCAGAGAAGACGGGGACAAACCAGGCCUCCAGGUCAAUAAACUCGAGAUUCCUUUCGAGAUUUCAAAAUGCGGAGCGAAGGAGAUAGCGAUUUCGCCAGAUGGCAAAUGGCUCUGCUUUGUACGAUCAGAUAACGUUAUUUGUAUGGCCAGGAUCGACAUCGAUCCAGAAAUCCCGGGCCGUCCUCAGAUACUUCCUGGAAUAAGCAAACUGCGUCGCGCACAGCGAAAUGUGCAGCGUGGAAAACUACACCAUGGAUCCCUUGGUGCGUACGACCGGACAAUACGGUGUAUUGCCUUCUCCAGUGACAGUAAUAUUGUGGCAUGCGGUGAUCUUGCAGGCUUUGUGGAUGCAUGGGUGUUAGAAAACAAGUCAAACUUGUUGACAAACGGUCAAAUUCCCGAAAAGGCUGCCGAUUCUGAGCUAUCUGAUGAUGAUUCUUCCGACGAAGAGGCCGGCAGUACAAAUACCUACGGCCAACGCUGGAUUGUUCCUCGUUUUGACUCGCCUAUACCCCGGCUUAAGUCGGGAGUCCUAUUAAUGACGUUCCGCCCUUCAUAUGGAUCGCAGUCCAAACAUCUCACAAAUGGUGUCACAUCCAACAGCUCUCCUUCUCACAACCUCUCCACCGGUGAUGAUAGAUUAGUGGUUUUGACCACCGAACAUCACAUCUCCGAAUUCAAUGUACUCGAGGGCAAACUUACAGGUUGGUCUCGAAGAAACCCUAAAUCAUAUCUACCAAAGGAUUUCACUAUCGUCAAGGACAGGGCUAUGGGAGCACUUUGGGAUAAAAAGGGGACCAGCGAACGUCUAUGGUUAUAUGGACCGAGCUGGCUUUGGAUGUUUGACUUAGCACAGGACUUCCCCGCCCCUGCGGAACCCGACAACGAAGAGAAAGCCGUUGCAGCAUUAAAUAACGAUAGCACGACUGAGGCCUCCCCAUCAAAGAAGCGAAAGAGAGGAGAGACCAAGGAGAGCAAAAUAAGACAGCCCAACUCCGGCGCUGGAGAUAGAGUGCCUUAUUGGCAGGAUAAUAUCGGCCUAGGAAGAAAAAUGCGCAAGGUGAUCGGGGACGAUGGAGAAACAGCUCAGUGGAUACCGAUUGACCUGAAGAAGCCUGCCGACCCAGCCCAGAUGGGUGACGAAGCAGCCGAUCACUAUGAGGAGCCUAGCAAAUCCAUCCUAGCCGAAUUUCGGCGGGAGCCACAGGGCGAUGGGCCGGGCUCGGAAGAGGAAAAUGGUGAGUGGCAGCAGCAGCAGCAGCUUGAUGAAGGAACGUCGGCCAUUAGGCCCCAAUCCUCCUCCAACUUGCCUAAUGAAGCAUCCGAAGCGAACGACCAUGAUGUCGAAGGAACGACGGCGGACCUUCAAGUGCAGGAAGUACCCGGAUCAGAGUCGAAAGCAGAGUCUAGAACGAAACAUCGCCGCAGUCGUAACCCUCGCCGGUGGUGGCAUACGUUCAAAUAUCGUGAGAUACUCGGGAUCGUGCCGUUGGGUCAAGGAUUCACCGCUGGAGACGCGGUUGGGGCUUCAUGGGCCAAUGAGGGAAUGGGGGGACUGGAGGUCGCAGUAGUUGAGCGGCCGAUGUGGGAUGUGGCGCUGCCUGGACGAUAUGUUAGAGACUACGAAUGAGUGGCAGGAGGUUUCACCCAUUUCCGGUGUCGACGGGUGUUUGUACCCAUAAUCCUUCCUUAUCUACCUCCAGAGGGCA